AGGACUGCAUUUUGAGUGACAGUGAGGCAGAGGGUAUCACCCUCAAAGACCUUCCUCAAGAUGUCCUACCUCAGCUACCUGAAGCCCACAGCCCAAACGGAGAGGGAGCCUCUGGUAAACUCACUCACCAAAAGAGAAGCUCCAAGAAACUCGCCCUCGUCGCUGACGGCCAGAAACCCCACACAGAGGAGAAAUCCCACAAGUGUCCCGAAUGCAGGAAGAGCUUCAAGGGGCACACCAGGCUCCUCAACCACCUGCAAACCCACACGAGAGAAAAAACGUUUGAGUGUGUGGAAUGUGGGAAGAGCUUUCGUAGGAAGGCCAACCUGGUGGUGCACCAGAGAAUCCACACAGGGGAGAGGCCUUACAAGUGCAAGGACUGUGAGAAAGCCUUCAGCCGUACCUCAAGCCUCGUUGCUCACCGCAAAACCCACGUGAAGAAGAAAGCCUUUGCUUGCACCAUGUGCAGGAAGAGCUUCAGUGGCAAUGCAGCUCUCUCCCAGCAUCAGAAGGUCCAUAAGGCUGAGAAGCCUUACAGGUGUGCUGAGUGUGGAACUAGCUUCCGUCUGUGCUCAGACUUCAUCAGACAUCAGCAGGUUCACUCGAGGAGAGCCAGUGAGCACACAGCAG